AUGGCUUCCCACGAUCCUCGCUCCUCCUCAACCCAAUCCCUCGUCCCCGACCCCGCGUUUGAUUUUGAAAAUACAAGUCGGCGGCGGCUGCUCCUCAUCUACAUCCAUGGCUUCAUGGGCAAUGAGACAAGCUUCCAGAGCUUCCCCGCGCAUGUCCACAAUCUCGUCACCAUUACUCUUGCCCAGUCCCACACAGUCCAUACCAAGAUAUAUCCUAGGUACAAGUCGCGAGAUUCCCUCGAGCUCAGGCGGGACGACUUCUCGAACUGGCUCGCUCCACACGAAACUUCAUUCACGGACAUUGUGUUGCUGGGCCACUCCAUGGGCGGCCUGCUAGCCGCCGACAUUGCAUUGCUCUUCCGACAUCAUAUAAUCGGCAUCGUAAACUUUGACGUCCCUUUCCUAGGUAUGCACCCUGGCAUCGUAAAAGCCGGCCUUGGAAGCAUUUUCAAACCUGCGCCGCCUCCACAGCAUCACACCCUGGAAGAGUUCGAAUCAAAUAAUGGGAAGCGACCGAGUAGAAUGAACACGCUAUUCAAUCCAAAACCAACCGAUCCAAAUUACAAUCCAUCCUUCUACAAUGACAUUAAUCUGCCCGUGAGAAAAGGAUGGGAAAAUGCCUUACACUUUAUGAAUAAGCAUUCAAACGGUCUCAUCAGUGCUUCGAAAGGAUUGGUAAAAUCCCAUUUUGAAUUUGGCAGUGCGAUGGCAGAUUACCGUGGUCUCAAGGAUCGGUAUGCUAGAAUACGAGCUUUAGAAGAAGACGAUGAGCGAAAGAGACAAUCUGCUAAUCCCGAAGUUCCUUCACCGCCGAGGAUACGUUUUGUGAAUUACUAUACUGCCAGCACCGGACGACUAAAGAAGCCCAAGACUCCAUCCCCGUCGCGACCAGCCAGCAGGGCAUCGCAACAUGAAUUGAAUAGCACAGCUGGUCUGACCUCAGAUUCCCAGCUUGCCCUAACAGCACCACCAGCUAAAGCUACCACUGCAAGUCCUCGUAUAUCUAUUGAAGAGCAUCGGGAUGACGAGGUUGUCCCGGUCAGUCCCGAAGAGCCUCUUUCAGCAAUCAGCCCUAUGCGUACAAACGAGUCAAUUGGCCCCACCACUACCACCUUGGAGCGCAAUACAGGGCCGAAUUUACCAGAUAUUCCGCCUAUACCUAAGGAACCUCCGUUUGUCGAUCUAGCUCAAUACUCGGACAAAGCGGAGCGAAAAACGGCGGAGAAGGAUCACACCAGAGCGUUGAAAGAGUAUCAGCGAGCCGUGAAAGCGAGGAAUGGCGUCAUUAAACAGAGGUCACGAAUAGAAGAGAAAUGGGAGAAGCAAGAGCGGAAAGGCCAGGAGGUAGCAAACAAGGCCGAGAAUGAGCAUGGUACUGACAGCCUGGAAGAGGAUCUUAGUGUGCAUCUAGGGGGAGCAAACUACUCCCAAGACAAUAACCGCAAUGAUCCGUAUAACUCUUACGACUUCUCCCAUAGCGCAAUUCUCGCUCAAGCAGCCCCUGAAGACCGCUUCACCCUCUCCGAAUCCACACCGCCUUCAACUCAAUCGUCAUACACUGACUCAGUUACUACCUUAACAACCCAAGAUACUAACACCUCGAACCCCUCACCCUCAGCAUCCUCACCAAAACCGAGGCGGUACAAGAAAUUCUGUAUGCUACCUCCCAAAGAUGCAAACGGCAACAAGGAUCCUGCAUGGACAUGCGUCUUCAUGGAAGAUAUGGAUGAGGUUAGCGCCCACUGCGGGCUAUUCUUUAUGAGCGAGACUUACGAGAGGCUAGUGGGGGAUGUAGCGGCUCGGAUUGAGGAGUGGGUUAGUGAGGCGGAGAGUUUGAGGGUAGUGAGGGAGAUGGACGAAUGGUCAAUGGAUUGA